UGAACGAAGCACAAAUCCUAACCGUUUGUUAUUAGUGUGACGUCACGAUGUGUACACCCCAGCCAACAUGGCUGACAGCAUCCCUUUAAAUCCGGUGCGGAAAAACUCGAAGAGGAUCCUGUAUUACAGUUCUUCCAGACUUUCAAGGUAUGGAGGGACGAACUGGACUGUUUUUAGAUACUCUGUAGAAGAUGAGCCGUCUAACCUGGAUGAGAUGCCUCUGAUGAUGUCGGAGGAAGGCUUUGAGAAUGAUGAGAGCGACUACCAGACGCUGCCCCGGGCCAGAAUCAGUCGGAGACAGGGCGGCCUUGGCUGGUUCCUCCUAGGCGGGUGGAAAGUCCUCUGUGGCAGCUGCUGUGACUGCCUGGCCCAUAUAUGUCGAAGGAAGAAGGAGCUGAAGGCCAGGACAGUUUGGCUUGGCCACCCAGAGAAAUGUGAGGAGAAGUACCCCAAAAAUGCCAUCAAAAACCAGAAGUACAACAUCUUCACCUUUGUGCCUGGGGUUCUCUACCAGCAGUUCAAGUUCUUCCUCAAUCUAUACUUUCUGGUGGUGGCCUGUUCCCAGUUUGUGCCAUCGCUGAAAAUCGGAUAUUUGUACACGUACUGGGCACCUCUGGGUUUUGUGGUAGCUGUCACAAUGAUGCGAGAGGCUGUGGAUGAAGUGCGACGCUACCAACGGGACAAGGAGAUGAACUCUCAACUCUACAGCAAACUCACCAUGAGAGGUAAAAUACAAGUGAAGAGUUCAGAUAUACAAGUUGGAGAUCUGAUCAUUGUUGAGAAGAAUCAAAGGAUUCCUGCAGACAUGAUAUUUCUCAGAACGUCAGAGAAAACUGGUGCAUGUUUCAUCAGAACAGAUCAGCUGGACGGAGAAACUGACUGGAAACUGAAAGUUGCUGUUGGCUGCACACAACGACUGCCAGCAGUGGGGGACCUCUUCUCCAUCAGCGCUUAUGUCUAUGCCCAGAAGCCUCAGCUGGACAUCCACAGCUUCGAGGGGAACUUCACAAGGGAGGACACGGACCCACAGAUCCAUGAGAGUCUGAGUAUUGAUAACACUCUUUGGGCCAGCACAGUCGUUGCAUCGGGCACGGUGAUAGGGGUGGUGAUUUACACAGGCAAAGAGACCAGGAGUGUACUGAACACAUCCUACGCCAAGAACAAGGUUGGUCUGUUGGACCUGGAGCUGAACAAGGCCCUGUUCCUGGCCCAGCUGGUUCUGUCUGUCGUCAUGGUAGCACUGCAGGGAUUUGUGGGUCCCUGGUACCGCAACCUAUUCCGAUUCGUCGUGCUUUUUUCUUACAUCAUCCCCAUCAGCUUGCGUGUGAAUCUGGACAUGGGUAAGGCAGCCUAUGGCUGGAUGAUCAUGAAAGACGAAAGCAUCCCUGGCACUGUUGUGAGAACCAGCACCAUCCCUGAAGAACUGGGCCGGCUGGUCUAUCUGCUGACAGACAAGACAGGCACUCUGACACAGAAUGAAAUGAUCUUCAAGCGGCUGCACCUGGGAACAGUGUCCUACGGCACUGACACCAUGGAUGAGAUUCAGAACCACAUAAUCCAAUCAUAUGCACAGGUGGCCUCUCAGCCCUCCAGCUGUACCACCAGUGGGUCCACUGUAUCGAGGAAGACCCAGGCAUCUGGCCCAAAAGUCCGUAAGAGUGUCAGCAGUCGCAUCCACGAGGCUGUGAAAGCCAUCGCCUUGUGCCACAAUGUGACGCCUGUCUAUGAGUCACAUGUCGGCGUCAAUGGGGAGACAGAGUCUGCCGAAGCUGACCAGGACUUCAGUGAUGACAACCGCACCUACCAGGCCUCCAGUCCAGACGAGGUGGCGCUGGUGCGGUGGACAGAGAGCGUUGGCCUGACCCUGGUGAACAGAGACCUGACUUCCCUGCAGCUGAAGACUCCUUCAGGACAGAUUCUCUCCUUCUACAUCCUGCAGAUCUUCCCCUUCACCUCUGAGAGCAAAAGGAUGGGCAUCAUCGUCAGGGAGGAGUCUACAGGAGACAUCACUUUUUACAUGAAGGGUGCUGAUGUCGCCAUGGCGAGCAUCGUGCAGUACAACGACUGGUUGGAAGAAGAGUGUGGAAACAUGGCCAGAGAAGGCCUGAGGACGCUGGUGGUAGCCAAGAAGUCUCUGUCUGAGGAGCAGUAUCAGGACUUUGAGAGUCGCUACAACCAGGCAAAGCUGAGUACUGAUGACCGGGCCCUAAAGGUUGCAGCAGUGGUGGAAAGCCUAGAGAGAGAGAUGGAGCUUCUGUGUUUGACUGGUGUAGAAGACCAGCUACAAGCAGACGUCAGGCCCACGCUGGAGCUGCUCAGAAACGCCGGCAUCAAGAUCUGGAUGCUGACAGGGGACAAGCUCGAGACAGCUACAUGCAUCGCCAAAAGCUCCCAUUUGGUCUCCAGAAACCAAGACAUUCAUGUCUUCAAGCCGGUCUCAAACAGAGGAGAGGCCCAUCUGGAGCUCAACGCCUUCAGAAGGAAACAUGACUGUGCUCUGGUCAUCUCUGGAGACUCCUUGGAGGUGUGUUUGAGGUAUUACGAGCAUGAGUUUGUGGAGCUGGCGUGUCAGUGCCCAGCUGUGGUCUGCUGUCGCUGCUCCCCGACUCAGAAGGCCCAGAUUGUCAGACUCCUGCAGCAGCACACAGCCAACAGAACCUGUGCCAUAGGUGACGGGGGAAAUGAUGUUAGCAUGAUCCAGGCUGCAGAUUGUGGUAUUGGAAUUGAGGGAAAGGAAGGGAAGCAGGCAUCUCUGGCCGCAGAUUUCUCAAUCACUCAGUUCAGGCACAUCGGCCACCUGCUGAUGGUUCAUGGCAGGAACAGCUACAAGCGCUCUGCAGCCCUGGGUCAGUUUGUCAUGCACAGAGGCAUGAUCAUCUCUACCAUGCAGGCUGUCUUUUCCUCCAUCUUCUAUUUUGCCUCAGUUCCCUUGUACCAAGGUUUCCUCAUGGUUGGAUAUGCCACUAUCUACACCAUGUUCCCAGUGUUCUCCUUGGUUCUGGACCAGGAUGUGAAGCCCGAGAUGGCUCUGCUCUACCCGGAGCUUUAUAAAGACCUUACCAAGGGGCGUUCGUUAUCUUUCAAGACUUUCCUCAUUUGGGUUUUGAUCAGCGUCUAUCAAGGUGGCAUCCUCAUGUACGGAGCGCUGGUGUUGUUCGAGUCGGAGUUCGUGCACGUGGUCGCCAUCUCCUUCACAGCACUCAUCCUGACUGAACUGCUGAUGGUAGCACUGACGAUUCGAACCUGGCACUGGCUCAUGGUGCUGGCCGAGUUCUUCAGUCUUGGCUGCUACCUCGCCUCACUCGCCUUCCUCAAUGAGUACUUUGGCAUAGGCAGGGUGUCCUUUGGAGCUUUCCUUGACUUGUCGUUCAUCACGACGUGGCCUUUUCUGUGGAAGGUGUCCUCCAUCACUCUGGUCAGCUGUCUUCCUCUCUACAUAAUCAAAUACCUGAAGCGUAAGUUUUCUCCACCGAGCUACUCCAAACUGUCCUCAUGAACCAAACUUGGAUUUUCUGUUUGUUUUUUGUAUUUCUUUGAGCUUUCAUUUUCAGCACUUUUGUUUUUUACUCACUGGUCCUCAGUGAUGGAUCAGUGACCUGUGGAGGUCAAGGAAACACUGGAACAAUCAAACAUGGAGGAAAAUUAAAUGAUUGUUCUUUGGGACUUCUUUCUCUGACACUUGGGAUUACUUGAAAACGCAGAGCACAUAACAAAAGACUACAAAAGGAUGGAUUUUGGCACACAAAAGUUGGAAGGAUGGAAGUGACUGCACUUAGAAGGCCUGAAACACUUGAGCAUGUUUUGUUGGGAUGUGUCAGACAGCAUAUUUUUGUUUUUAAAGCGUCUCAAACAAAUCAGCUUUGGGUGUCAUUUUAUACAGCUCUGAUUAUUUGCUUUCAAUUUUCAAAUUUUUAUAUGCGGAAUUCCAUCAUUUUUAGGUGUUUUUUUUAUAGGUGUUAAAGUUGCUGACCUUCAACAGUGUUGAGUUGCUGUGAGGGAUGAAGUUUUUCCUGUAAAUAAAUCUUUUACAUGCAGCUUUGAUUAGCUCUGCUGUCACAGUAAACCUCACUGUGUUUAAAUGUGCAUUAACCAAAAAAAAAA